AUGCAUGAUAAUUAUGCAUUCUUGCAACUGGCAUUGCCCAGCAAUAUCAGCGUCGUGGGUGGAAUUGGAGAGCAUUCUGAUAAGCUCGUGGACUAUGACUAUAACAACGCUCUCGCCCCAGAUAGAUCAUUACAAAGCCGAUGCAACGAAGUUGUGUACUGGAAAAUCAUUCUCAAAUAUGUCGAGUUACUUGACCCAACAACACUACCACCUGCAAAGGCGCCAAACGAUGGAUUCAGCAUAGCAGAAAAACAAUCGGCCAGAAAAUUCAUGCAGGAUGCUGGGUAUGGGUUGGCUGCCGAAAAUCAGCGACAGUAUCGAAUCUUUUGGAAGAGUCUGUAG